CGUCCUGUUCCCGCAGUCCCCGCCCCCCACCUCUGCUGACAAUGACUGCCAUGGUCAACGUGGACACCCUUCCUGAGUAUGAGAAGAGUCAGAUCAAGCGAACCCUGGAGCUGGGCACGGUGAUGACCGUGUUCAGCUUCCGCAAGUCCACCCCCGAGCGGAGGACCGUCCAGGUGAUCAUGGAGACGCGGCAGGUGGCCUGGAGCAAGACGGCGGACAAGAUCGAGGGCUUCCUGGAUAUCAUGGAGAUCAAGGAGAUCCGGCCCGGGAAGAGCUCCAAGGACUUCGAGCGCGCCAAGGCGGUCCGCCAGAAGGAGGACUGCUGCUUCACCAUCUUGUACGGCACCCAGUUCGUCCUCAGCACCCUCAGCCUGGCAGCUGACACUAAGGAAGAUGCUACUAAGUGGCUCUCUGGCCUGAAAAUCUUACACCAGGAAGUGAUGAGCGCGUCUACACCCACCAUCAUUGAGAGUUGGCUGAGAAAGCAGAUUUAUUCAGUGGAUCAAACCAGAAGAAACAGCAUCAGCCUCCGAGAGUUGAAGACCAUCUUGCCCCUGGUCAACUUCAAAGUGAGCAGUGCCAAGUUCCUCAAAGAUAAGUUUGUGGAAAUAGGCGCUCACAAAGAUGAACUCGGCUUCGAGCAGUUCCACCUUUUCUAUAAGAAUCUGAUGUUUGAGCAGCAAAAGUCGAUUCUUGAUGAAUUCAAAAAAGAUUCUUCCGUGUUCAUCUUGGGCAACACCGACCGGCCGGAUGCCUCCGCCGUGUACCUGCACGACUUCCAGCGCUUUCUCUUACACGAACAGCAGGAGGCUUGGGCUCAGGAUCUGAACAAAGUCCGUGAGCGGAUGACGAAGUUCAUCGAUGACACCAUGAGGGAAACCACUGAGCCGUUCUUGUUUGUCGAUGAGUUCCUCACGUACCUGUUUUCACGAGAGAACAGCAUCUGGGAUGAGAAGUUUGACGUGGUGGACAUGCAGGACAUGAACAACCCCUUGUCCCACUACUGGAUCUCCUCCUCGCACAACACGUACCUGACCGGUGACCAGCUGCGGAGCGAGUCGUCCACGGAGGCGUACAUCCGCUGCCUGCGCAUGGGCUGCCGCUGCAUCGAGCUGGACUGCUGGGACGGGCCUGACGGGAAGCCCAUCAUCUACCACGGCUGGACACGGACCACCAAGAUCAAGUUUGAUGAUGUGGUGCAGGCCAUCAAAGACCAUGCCUUUGUCACCUCAAGCUUCCCCGUGAUCCUGUCCAUCGAAGAACACUGCUGUGUGGAACAGCAGCGCCACAUGGCCAGGGUGUUCAAGGAGGUGUUUGGUGACCUGCUGCUGACGAAGCCCACGGAGGCCAGCGCGGACCAGCUGCCCUCGCCCAGCCAGCUGCGGGAGAAGAUCAUCAUCAAGCAUAAGAAGCUGGGCCCCCGAGGUGACGUGGAUGUCAACAUGGAAGACAAGAAAGAUGAGCACAAGCAACAGGGUGAACUGUACAUGUGGGAUUCCAUUGACCAGUCAGCACGUGCAGAGGGACCAGUUUGGCCAUGCCGGGGGUCUGCCUGGUCCAGGUGUUCAGAAGCUCCCCCUCCCUUUGUGGCCCAGGACAUACCCCCCACGGAGCUGCACUUUGGGGAGGAGUGGUUCCACAGGAAGCUGGAGAAGCGGACGAGCGCGGAGAAGCUGCUGCAGGAGUACUGCGCCGAGACCGGGGGCAAGGACGGCACCUUCCUGGUGCGGGAGAGCAAGACCUUCCCCAACGACUACACCCUGUCCUUCUGGCGGUCGGGCCGCGUCCAGCACUGCCGCAUCCGCUCCAUCACGGAGGGCGGGACCAUGAAGUACUUCCUGACUGACAACAUCAUGUUCAACAGCAUCUACGACCUCAUCCAGCACUACCGCGAGACGCACCUGCGCUGCGCCGAGUUUGAGCUCCGGCUCACCGACCCUGUGCCCAACCCCAACCCGCAUGAGUCCAAGCCGUGGUACUACGACGGACUGAGUCGAGGGGAGGCAGAGGACAUGCUAAUGAGAGUCCCCCGGGACGGGGCCUUCCUGAUCCGGAGCCGGGAAGGCCCCGACUCCUACGCCAUCACCUUCAGGGCCAGGGGCAAGGUGAAGCAUUGUCGCAUCCACCGGGAUGGCCGGCACUUCGUGCUGGGGACCUCUGCCUACUUCGAGAGCCUCGUGGAGCUAGUCAGCUACUACGAGAAGCACGCCCUCUACCGCAAGAUGCGGCUGCGCUACCCCGUGACGCCCGAGCUGCUGGAGCGCUACAAUAUGGAGAGAGAUAUAAACUCCUUGUAUGACGUCAGCAGAAUGUAUGUGGACCCCAGUGAGAUCACCCCUUCCAUGCCCCAGAGGACCGUCAAAGCUCUGUAUGACUACAAAGCCAAGAGAGACGAUGAGCUGAGCUUCUGCCGGGGGGCCCUCAUUCACAACGUCUCCAAGGAGCCCUGGGGCUGGUGGAAAGGAGACUAUGGGACCCGAAUCCAGCAGUACUUCCCGUCCAAUUAUGUCGAGGACAUUUCAACGGUCGACGUGGAGGAGUUGGAAAAGCAGAUUAUUGAGGACAAUCCCUUAGGGUCUCUUUGCAGAGGAAUAUUGGAUCUCAACACCUAUAACGUCGUGAAAGCCCCGCAGGGGAAAAACCAGAAGCCGUUCGUGUUCAUCCUGGAGCCCAAGAAGCAGGGCGACCCCCCGGUGGAGUUCGCCACGGACCGGGUGGAGGAGCUGUUUGAGUGGUUCCAGAGCAUCCGGGAGAUCACCUGGAAGAUCGACACCAAGGAGAACAACAUGAAGUACUGGGAGAAGAACCAGUCCAUCGCCAUCGAGCUCUCGGACCUGGUCGUCUACUGCAAGCCGACCAGCAAGACCAAGGACAGCUUAGAAAACCCCGACUUCCGAGAAAUCCGCUCCUUCGUGGAGACCAAGGCUGACAGUGUGGUCAGGCAGAAACCCGUCGACCUCCUCAAGUACAAUCAGAAGGGCCUGACCCGAGUUUACCCGAAGGGACAGAGGGUGGACUCCUCCAACUACGACCCCUUUCGCCUCUGGCUGUGCGGCUCCCAGAUGGUGGCGCUCAAUUUCCAGACUCCAGACAAGUACAUGCAGAUGAACCACGCCCUGUUCUCACUCAACGGGCGGACAGGCUACGUGCUACAGCCGGAGGCCAUGAGGACGGAGAAGUACGACCCCAUGCCUCCCGAGUCCCAGCGCAAGAUCCUGAUGACUCUCACGGUCAAGGUUCUCGGGGCUCGGCAUCUCCCCAAACUCGGCCGGAGCAUCGCAUGUCCCUUUGUGGAGGUGGAAAUCUGCGGGGCUGAAUAUGACAACAACAAGUUUAAGACCACAGUUGUGAAUGACAACGGCCUAAGCCCCGUUUGGGCUCCGACACAGGAGAAGGUGACCUUUGAAAUUUAUGACCCAAACCUCGCGUUUCUGCGCUUUGUAGUCUACGAGGAGGAUAUGUUCAGUGAUCCCAACUUCCUCGCUCACGCCACGUACCCCAUCAAAGGAAUCAAGUCAGGAUUCAGAUCUGUCCCUCUGAAGAAUGGGUACAGUGAGGACCUUGAGCUGGCCUCCCUCCUGGUGUUCUGUGAGAUGCAGCCAGUCCUGGAGAGCGAAGAGGAGCUUUACUCCUCGUGCCGCCAGCUGCGACGGCGGCAGGAAGAGCUCAACAACCAGCUGUUCCUGUACGACACGCACCAGAACUUGCGCAACGCCAGCCGGGACGCCCUCGAGAAAGAGUUCAACGUCAACGAGAACCAGCUCCAGCUCUACCAGGAGAAGUGCAGCCGGAGGUUGAGAGAGAAGAGAGUCAGCAACAGCAGGUUUUACUCAUAGACGCUGGGGUUCGUGUGCAAGGGUGCCGUGCGUGCGUGUGUUCACUUGUGGGAGGAUGUCCUCUCGUCAGACCCGGGGGACAUGCUCAUCUGUGAUGCCAUUGUCCCGUCAAGCCUGGCAUCAAGAGGACACUUUUGAAGACCCAACUGGCAUGACCUGGGGUGACUUCCUGCUAUUUUCAUCUCCGACAAUUUCUUAACUUAUAUUUUCUAUAGAGGAUCAUAAAAACGUGUUUCCUCGUUUUUUUGGCCUCUCGUGUUCCCAACCUCCUUGAAUAAAAGCAGUGAAAAUCUUGA